UAUACAACUUAACAAAUUUGGCCCUGAUUUAAGAAAACUUCUUAGUUCUAUUGCAAAAUCGGCCUCAUAUAUCAGAGGGCAAAAUAGUCCAAUAACCAAUAUUGACAGUUUUUACCGUUACAACAAAUCAUAUAGGCCUCAAUGGACCUCAUCUACGAAAACAACGGUUUAGCCAAUGAUUUGGUCAAAAAACAAGAAGCAAUUCAAACUCUCUCUCUGUCUCUAACCCUUUCUCUUGCCUCAUCUCCACCUUCAUGACCAAACACUCAAUCCACAAACCAUGAAAAUCACACAAAUUCACACAAAAAUCAACCACAAAUUCACAAUUCACCGGUGGGUUUUUCCCGGGGAGACGUAAAUUAACGGGGAAGAAGUGAAGUAAUGGCCAUUGUUCAUGUUCUUGGAUUGUACAUCCUAUGUUUCUACAUAUUCUUGAUUGUGACACCAAUGGGUUGUUAUUCAGUUUCUGAUUCUGAAGCUCUGCUCAAGCUCAAGAAAUCGUUUACCAACACUACUGCCAUCGACUCAUGGGCCUUGGGAUCAAGUCCUUGCGUCGUAAACAAGACAUGGGCUGGUCUCAAUUGUGAGAAUGGAUUGGUAAGCAUUCUUCGUCUCGAAGAUAUGGGUUUGUCUGGGAAAAUUGAUGUUGAUGCUCUGCUUGGAUUGGAGGGUCUUCGUGUAAUUAGUUUACAGAACAAUGCUUUUUCGGGUUCUAUGCCGGAAUUGAAUCGUUUGGGUUCUUUAAAAGCCAUUUUCUUGUCGAACAAUCGGUUUUCUGGUGAAAUUCCCGCGGAUUUCUUCGAAAAAAUGCAGUCUUUGAGGAAAGUGUGGCUUGGGAUGAAUAAUUUCAGGGGUCGAAUUCCGGAAUCAUUGGUUAAACUUCACAAUCUAGCAGAAUUACACCUUGAAAACAAUCAUUUUUCCGGGCCAAUUCCAUCCUUAGAACAACCUUCGUUGAAUUUGCUUGACUUAUCGAAUAAUAGCCUGGAAGGCGAAAUCCCAGCGAGUUUAUUGUCAUUCGAUAUGAGAGCAUUCCAGGGAAAUGUAGGGCUUUGUGGUCCGAAGAUAGGUAAUGCAUGCAGUCUAGAUGCUAAAAUGCCUCAUCCAACACCGUCACCAAACUCCGACAAUGCUGACCCUAACGAGUCAAACAAGAUCGCCGCCGGGCUCAUGACAACCACUGUGGUUAUUCUCUCCGUCAUGAUCGUGGCGAUCUUCGUGCUCAAGCGGAGGCAAGAGAACUUCAAUUUGCUCGAGAAGGAAAAUCUUGAGGAGACAUUGGAGGUUCGCGUGUCAAGUGUAAGUAAAAAGGAUAUGAACUCGAGUCGAAAAGGCAUGGGGUCGAGUAAGAGGGGGUCCCACAACGGGAAAGGUGGCGGGGCCGACCUCGUGUUGGUGAAUGAAGAGAGUGUUGUGUUUGGGUUGACGGAUUUGAUGAAGGCAGGGGCAGAGGUGCUGGGGAAUGGGUCGUUGGGGUCAUCGUACAAGGCGAUGAUGACGAAUGGGAUGACAGUGGUGGUGAAGAGGAUAAAGGAAAUGAACAAGUUGGGGAAAGAAGGGUUUGAUGCAGAGAUCAAAAGGCAUGGCAGGUUAAGGCACCAGAAUGUGUUGCCACCGUUGGCUUACCAUUAUCGGAAAGAUGAGAAGUUGCUAGUCUCUGAGUUUGUUCCCAAAGGAAGCUUACUCUACCUAUUGCAUGGUGAUCGCGGACCGAGCCAUGCGGAGCUCAACUGGCCAACCCGUCUAAAGAUUGUUCAAGGAAUUGCCAGAGGAUUAGGCUACCUCCACACUGAGCUAGCUUCCUCCGACUUACCUCAUGGCAAUCUCAAAUCAAGCAAUAUUCUUGUCAGCCCGGACUCUGAGCCAUUGCUCGUAGACUAUGGAUUCAACUCAUUGGUAAGCAACCCACAAGGCAUUCAAUCACUGCUUGCCUACAAGUCCCCAGAAGCCAUUAAAACCCAAGAAGUUUGUCCAAAAUGCGACGUUUACUGUCUAGGAAUCGUAAUCCUGGAAAUCCUCACCGGUAAAUUCCCUUCCCAGUACCUCAACAACGGGAAGGGAGGGACCGAUGUGGUCCAGUGGGUGAGAUCGGCCAUUUCAGAGGGUAGAGAAGCUGAAGUACUUGAUCCGGAGAUCACAAACUCGAAAAAAUCAGUGAGGGAGAUGGAAAGGCUACUCCAUAUCGCUGCAGCGUGCACAGAGAGUAAUCCUGAUCAACGGCCAGAAAUGGGAGAGGUGGUUAGAAAGAUUGAGGAGGUGCGAAUUGAGGGUGAUCAUGAGGCUAGAACGAUUGAAGUGUUACCGUCACUGAGAGAUGGGUAUGCUGAUCAAACGUAUAAUAAUGCACACGUAGCGAAUGUGCAGGAGGGCUACGGUGGGGUGUUGGGGAGGAGAUAUGACGGGUCUGGAGACCGAUCAACGUUUAAAAAUAAUGAUAGCUUUGCAUUUGACAUAUCCUGAUUGGGUGGUGUUUGGAAGCUAAGGCAUGGCAUGGAAUGGAAAUCCCAGAAACAAAAUGUUUUCUUGGAACUGGAAAGAAAGAAUAUGAUGAGGAAAUGAAAUUCUGGAGAGAGAGAGAGAGAGAGAGAGAGAGAGAG